AUGACUCAUGUCGCAACACAUGGAUUCCUCCACACGCCAUGGCACCGGGGCCGGCGCCCGGGACUCCGCGCGGGACUCUCCCUGCCCCUCGCCGCCGCGGCGCUGGCCGUGCCGGGCGUCACCUUGCUCGGACCAGGCGCCGGCGCUGUUCCGGCGGAACGGCAGGCGGAGAAGGUCGAGGACGCCUGUCGCAGCUGGGCCGCUCCCCUCACGCCGCUGGGACGCCGGCGGCUGCGGGAAGGCUUGCUCCGAGCACCUCCACCAAGCUGGGAGGGUUUCCUCUGGCGCUUGGAGCAGCUGAGCGCCUGGACCGUCGAGAGCCGCGGCACCGCGACGGCCCAGCGGCUCUCGGCGCUGCUGGCGCGGCAGCCGGAGGUCUUCUCCGAUGCGACGGUGCAGCCGCUGUGGGAGGAGGAGGGCCUCGUGGCACUGCACAAGCCUUGGUGCAUGCGAGUCUAUCUCCCUCGUGAUGCAACCGGGCAGCGCUACAGGACUUGGCCCCAGGAGCUGACAGUGCAUGACUGGCUCAUGGAGAGGUACCCAGCCCAGCGGCCUCGCAUGUGCAAUCGCCUGGACUUUGCCACCAGCGGUCUCAUGCUUCCCGACCUUCCACGGUUCAGAAGUCCUCUGUCAACCCAGCCACCCAGGCCCUCCCAAAGUGACCAAGCAGACACCGUCUCACUGGCCAGAGCAGCUGAGGCUUCCCGACCUUCCGAUUCCACGGUUCAGAAGUCCUCUGUCAAGGACCCAGCCACCCAGGCCCUCCCAAGUCUCGUUCCAUCAAUCUCCGCCUCCAAGGCUCGUGGCGUUGAGCUCCUCUGCCGCGAAGGCCGUGCGAGAACUCUUCACCCGGCAGCAGGUGCAGAAGACCUACCAAGCGCUGGUUCUGGGCUCUCCGCCUCCUUCCUGGGACACACCGUCCAUCUUGGAUGCUCCGCUGGCCGACGCGCCGCGCGGCGCGGUGGGGCUGCCGCGCCGGGCGGUGGGGCCGGGCGGCGGCCAGGCAGCCGAGACGCGGGUGCGGGUGCGGCAGCGGGGUUGGUGGCCGAAGGCCUUGCCACCAGAUGGCCUCGCAGAGACGGCCACCGCGCCGGCGGAGGGUGGGGCCCCCGCGCCCGUGCUGCGGCGGAGACGCCUGGCGGCGGCGCUGAUCGAAGCGGAGCCACGGACAGGGCGGAGGCACCAGAUCCGCGUCCACCUCGCCUCCGAGCAGCUGCCCAUUUUGGGCGACGACAGCUACGGCGGCCAGCCCUGGGGGCAGCGCGGCGACGUGCACCGGAUGUAUUUGCACUCCUGGCGCGUGCGCCUGCCGUGGAUGGAUCAAAGUCAUCUCAUCGAGGACCCCAUGGACUGGAGCCAGCAGCUGGCAAACCAUGCCGCAGACCACGGAGAUGACACCAUUCAAACAGCAUGG